AACGAUCUGUAGUAAAUAAGUAAGAGAGGGUAAGAGGCAGAAGUAAGAAAAAAAAAAAAAAACUCAGAUUGUGAUCUCUGUAUCUCUCCGGACAGCAGCCAUACGAUACAAAAACAUUGUUUGGAAAAGAGCCACCACCGAUUCGGACGGAUCUGGAAAAGCAUGAAGAGGAGUAAGCAAUCAUUGGCCGAGAACCUAGACACAAGCUUGUGGAAAUUGCUACCCCACGAUGUGGUAGAGGUGAUCCUGGAGUGUGUGCCCGUGAAGCCUCUGUUGAGAUUCAGAUGUGUAUCGAAGAAGUGGAAACUGACAAUCGAUUCCCCAGGUUUCAAGGAACGACAAUUGAUGCGUCGCAGGCAAUUACGUGGUCCCGAUGUCCUCAUCAUGAGUCUCUCCUAUGAUCGACCUGUGCGACGCGAAGGUCGUGGUCGAAAAGUUGUGUUGAGUGCAGCAUCAGCAUCAAGAAGAAGACUAGGUUGGAACGUGAGUUACACGUGCGGCAUGUUCUGCGCUGGUAGUUGUGACGGUCUAGUAUGCGUCUACUGUCUCUACGUAGACAGUAUCGUGGGCAAUCCCGCCACUGGAUGGCAUAGGAGUUUUCCUCUUUCCAACUAUCAAGGCCUCCUCAUUCAGAGGUUCAAGAGAGAGGGUUCUGACUUCCCAUGGCCUAGCCUUGGAUUCGGUAGAGAUAAGUUAAGUGGCACUUUCAAGCCUGUUUGGUUGUAUAAUUCAUCCGGGUUUGUACUAGGAGGAGCAGACAAGGCUGUUGUUACCUAUUGUGAAGUUUUCGAUUUUAGCACCAACGCUUGGAGGUACGUUGUCCCUGCUUCUCCUUAUCCCAUCAAUGCUUACCAUAAACCCGUCCAUUUAGAUGGCUCCCUUUAUUGGUUAACCGAGUCUGAACCACCCUUGCUACUUUCUUUUGAUCUUCACACCGAGACUUUCCAAGUCAUCUGUAAAGCCCCUUUUGCCGACCCUCGCCACAUCACCAUGUGCGUCCUCCAUAACCGCUUGUGCUUGUCUGAGCAAAAACACCUCACCCAAGUAAUAUGGUCGUUCGAUUCUUCCGACAAGACAUGGAACACACUGUGUUCCUUUGAUCUCAACCCAACUGGCGACUUCGCCGCCCCCCUGUUACCAAUUGCAAUUCUGGACAAGGGUCAGUUAUUGCUUCAAGGUCGUGCUUCCAUGGACCCACUGGUCAUACAUGAUCUCCAUUACAGAUCUUAUGAUUUACUCUGCACACCUAAAUCACCCUCUGGUUCUGUUUAUUAUUUCGAGAGUUUAUUCUCUGCUUAAUUUCUCUUUAAUUUAAACUUAUCCAGCUCACAUCAGCUAUGAUUCGUUACAUUCAGUCCUAGACUAGUUUGUUAUAUAGUGGACCCACCUACAACCACAUCUCCUGUCUUGCUUUCUUAGACUAAUGACAGAAGCUUUUGGUUUACAAAUUCACAUUAAUGGAAGCAAGCGAGAGACAUGUAUUACUACUACUGCUACCAAAUAAAAUAUAUAUCAUAUAGAAACGUUUCAUACAAGCAGUAACUUGAAAAUAAAAGUUUCUGGAUUUCACAUAUGAAUCCAAUAACAAUUUCUUAUUUAUUUUUCCCCACUGUAAAGACAUAGAUUUUACCACUUACUAACAUACUCCCAUAACCUUUUACUAUUAUUAAUACCCAUAACCCAUUACUAUUCAAAUCAGGUAUCUUCAUUCUUCAUUCUUCAGCAUCAGAAUCAUCAUCACCAGUAACAUCAUCAGUAUCAGGAACAAUGAAAAAACCCCUUCUCAGUAGAAAAACAAGCCUCCUGAACCACUUAUCCACCUCCACUUUUCUACCAGAAAUCUGAAAUAAAUAAAUAAAAAAAAUCACCACAAUAUAUACCCUUAAGUAACACACAAAACAAAACGUCUCCAAUCAUUUAAAACUGUUAUUUACCUUGACAACUGUGUCACCGUUGUCUUUCUUGAACAUCUCUGCUCCAUGUACAAUUUCCCACAACUUCAAAUCUCGACUUUGUUCUUUCACGAUCAACCUAAUCUCGUGUUCAAACCGAGUUGAAGUUCUGAAACCUUCAUAAAGUUGCAUGACUUUGUCGGUAGAUGGAGACGAAGGGCCAAAAACUUCGGUGGCAGAGACUCUAUAUAACCUUCCUUCCGGGAGAGUACUCACAUGAGUAAUGGUAGUAGCUGCGGCUGUUUCCACUACUUCAUCGAUGAAGCUGUGAUCUUGAGACGGUGGACAUAUGAUUAAGAACUCAAUCAGUUCCAUCUUCCUCUCAUUUUCAAUAAAGAACUCUCCUUCAACUCCAUCAUUAUAUUGUAGACAUCAAUCUUUUUUUCAUUCUUGAUAUCUUGCUGCAGGCUUGUAGAAGCAGGUCUGAGUUUUGGAGAGCAAGGCCACUCGUGCACCUCCUCAUACGGUGUGUACGUAUUGGUCAGGAGCUUCAUACGCCUCCUCACUAAAUAAUAAUUUUUUUAAAAAAUGCGGAAAUUAGGGAUCAAUUCCAUUUCAUUAUAGAUAAGAGUAUGAGAUAGUGCUAAAGAAUUGUUUACUUGAUUUACCUUUACGAGCCAUUGGUGCAAAAGGAUAUUUAUUAUAAACUCCCUUAGAACAAAGCUUUUCAUGGAAUUUCGCUCCACUUGAAAGAUGUAUCGCACAUUCCAAGGUUUUGGUGGACAAGUUCGGUCUCCAAACAGUGAUUCUUCUAUGUUUAUGAAAUAUAUAUUUUAUAUCAUAGUCUCAGUUAUUACAUCAUCAUACUUAUAACACCUCUACACUGAUCAAAAACCAGAAUAAGACAGCGAACAAAAGUUGAAAUAA